GUCGUUUCUCGCAGCAUCUCCCGGAGCGCCAUCUCUGGAGCGCCCCAUUGCAUCGCGCGCAGCGUCGACCAGCGCCCCACCGGGCUGCCCUCGGACCCACACCGCACCCAGUAGACGCCGCCAAGGCGAGCGAGAGCUUGUGCUCGCAGGUGGACGCUAGGGCAGCCGCACUCCCCACAGCCAGCCACCAUGUCGACGCGCGAGCGCUCCACCUCAACAGCGUCGGAAGGGGCAGCCGCGCCGCCGCCGCCCGCACCCCCGGGCCGCUUCCAGCUGAAGGAGGCCAAGGAGGCCCUCGCGGCGUCGCGGAAGCGCGAGGCCGACCUCAAGCGAGCCAAUGAAGAACUGAGAGCCAAGGUCGAGUCCUUCCACGGCUUGCGGGCAUUGACGGAAGCCACGGAGGAGACCAAUGCGAACCUGAGGGCCGAGGCCCAGGACCAAGCGAGGCGCUGCAGAGAAGAUCGGGAAGCUCUGGACAUCACGAAGGGUGCACUUGAGAAAGCGAGAGCCGACUGCGCGAGGACCAUCGCGGACCUCGCGACAGCACACUCACAACUAAGGGAGGCCGAGCGGCUCAAGAAGGACGCCGAGGCCCAGACGCGGCGCGCGUUGGACGAGGCGGCGCGUUCUGCGCAAAAGCAGCAGGACACAGCGGCUCGAUUAUCUCAUGUGGGUAGGGAAAGAGACUUGGCGGCCGAGGCUCUGCGCGUGUCGGAACGGGACCAAGCUUCUUCUGAAGAAACCAUCGAGUCCUUAUCAGCAAAGCUCCAAGACGCGGAGGCGCGCGCUAUUGCUGCAGAAGAUGCGGCGUCGGACGCGCGCGACCGCGCCUGGCGCCACCACCGGUCCGCCGCGGAGACCAAGUCAUUGGCGGUCGACGUGCGGCGGUUGGUGAAGUUGUUAGCGUCGACGGAGGAGUACCGGCGGUUCGGGGCGUUGUGGCGCGACGGCGGCGGAGACUGGGACACGGAGCGCGGUAUGAGCUACGUCGGCCCCGAGGCCUCGGCGCCCUUCGACGAUGCUGCUGAUUUAGCCCCUCAACCGACGACCGAGGACUGGGCCGCCUUCGCCGAGUUAGAGGCGCAGACGACGCACUCUCCGGAAGUUUUGUUGAAUGCCAAAGAAGAACCGGCGUUGUGGGCCCCAACGGAAGCUCUGAAGAAUGCGAUCGAGUUCCACCAGGACAAAAUACCGCACGUGCCUUUUGAUUGUAUUCGCGAGUUUUUGCAUAAGAUGAACGGCGCGUGGCUCGACCGGGAGCAGCGGCACUGUGAGCGGUUGGAGGCGUCGUAUCGACGACGUUUGGAUGAAUUUCAACGAGUGACGCAGCACGGCAUACCGUAUGAGAAGAUCGCCGCCGACAAAGAGAUUGCGAAAUUAAAGGCGGAGCUCAAAAAAGCGAGGCGGAGCCGCCUCAAGGGCCGGCCGUCGUCCAGAGUUGAGCGGUCGUCCGUCAAGUCCAUGCGAUUCCAGGCGCGCGACGAACUGUUGGCCGCGUCGCUGUCGGCGAUGGAGUGCAUGUCCGUCGCGUCCGGGUCACCCACCAAACGGCGGACGUCUACGUCGUCCAAGGGGACGCCGUCGCCGCUGACGAUGCGGAGCGCGAGCCGUAGUAGCCGGCGGGGUAGCUACGAAUAGGAUUGUGAACUUUG